AUGCCUCAGUAUCAACAGACACGGCGGAGGCCACGUAAGCUGGUGCUGUGCUUUGACGGCACUGGCAACAAGUUCCACGGUGAUGACAGUGAUAGCAACAUCCUCAAGAUCUUUCGGAUGCUUGACAGAACUGCAGAUGAUCAAUAUCACUAUUACCAGCCGGGAAUCGGCACCUACGUCGUCUCCAAGGACCUCUCCCACACCUCCAUCAGCGCCCGUUUCCGCUCCUGGUACAUGAAAGCCAAAGACUCAGCCAUCGGGUCCUCUUUUGACCACCAUGUCGUCGGCGGCUAUCGGUUCCUCAUGCGCUUCUACUGCCCUGGGGACGAGAUUUACAUCUUCGGCUUCAGCAGGGGCGCCUACAUCGCCCGCUUCCUCGCCGAGAUGCUCGACUACGUCGGCCUGCUCUCCCACGGCAACGAGGAGAUGGUCCACUUCGCCUGGAAGGCCUUCUCCCAGUGGCAGGUGCGCCGCGACGACGACAACGGCGGUGACAGUGGCGACGGGAAGGCCUCGUCGAAGAAGAAGAAAAAGAAGGGAGAGAUGUACGAGUUCAUGAAGGGCUUCCGCGAGACCUUCUCGCGACCCGUGCGGCGCAUCCGCUUCCUCGGCCUCUUUGACACGGUCAACAGCGUGCCGCGGUUCGAGACGGCGUGGAUGGAGCGCAGCAAGUUCCCCUACACGGCGCGCAGCUCGGCCAAGGUCAUCCGCCACGCCGUCAGCAUCGACGAGCGCCGCGCAAAGUUCCGCCAGGACCUCAUCUACCAGUCUUCCCGCAACAAGACGCCCAAGGCCGCCGGGUCUUCCUCUUCUGCUUCUGGCGCGACUGAUGUUGCCACUAGUGGUGGAGACCGAGGCCUCCACGGCCAUGGUCAAGUGCCCCAGGCUGUCCACGAAAAGUACCGCCGGCGCUCGUCGUUGGCGCCGACGCUGGUGGCAGACGCGUACGUCAGGCACCAGCACCACGUCAGAGACGACGACCGCCACUACCGCGGCCGGAAGGGCAGCUCCCGCUUGGAGAUCCCAGGGGACUACCAGGACGGCGAGCACGACGAGGGCCCCGUGCGCUACCGCCGGCACAGCCGCUCCCGGUCCCGCGCGACGCAGUGCAGCAGCAACAUCGCGCCGGACGACGACGACGCGGCGUCCAACAUGUCGCGCGUGGCGCCCUCGGACGACAACGGGUACGACUCGGAGGAGGACGGGGACGAGACGGAGCAAGACAUCGACGAGGUGUGGUUCGCCGGCGGGCACGGCGACGUCGGCGGCGGCUGGGAGAUACAGCAGGGCUCCAAGAGCGCGAGCCACGUGCCGCUGACGUGGAUGGUGCGCGAGGCCAUGCGCGCGGGCCUGACCUUUGACGAAGAGAAGCUCGUCGCCAUGGGCUGCUACGAGGUCCUCCAGAACAGCGGGGAGAAAGGCAACGACAGCGCCAGCAGGCGGCGAGGAACUGCUGCCGCAGAUGCCACCGGCAUGUUUGCCUUCCCCGUCGCCCAGACGGACUUUGCCCAGCAGCACCAACAGCGGGGAGCACGCCAGGGAUCAACCGUCCCCAACAUCCAAAUCAACAGCCUCACGCCCGUAGCCUCUCCGACCGACGAGGAUGACCGUAGCGACCCGACCCUCACCGCCACCGCGACCAGGGACUCGCCACCAACAACAAUCACCAGCAGCAGCACCACACCCGUCGCAACAACAGCCUCCCCUUCCGGCCCCCAACCCCACUCCUCCUCCUCCUCCUCCUCUUCCCCCUUCCACGAGAUGAUGCACCGCGCCCACCUAGCCCGCCUGCACGACUCCCUAGACUACGCCUGCGGCCUGGGCCUCCUGCCCGUCCUGAGCUGGAAGCUGAUGGAGUACAUGCCCUUCCGGCGCAUGGACCUGCAGGAGGACGGCUCCUGGCGGCCGAUCCGCUGGCCCCUGCCCUGCGGCGAGGUGCGCGACGUGCCCGACAACGUGCGCGUGCACGGCAGCGUCGUCCGGCGCAUGCGGCGCGACGAGUCCUACCGGCCGGGGAACCUCAUCGUCGGCGGCGGCGGGCGCGGGUGCAGGGUCGCGCCCCGGAGCCACGGCAUGGGCGAGUGGGUGUGCGUCGCCGGGGAGGGCGACCCCGUCGGGGAGGUGUGGAUGAAGAAGAGCGCUGUCGAGGAGGCCGAAGGGAGUAGUAAUAAAGCUGAGAAGAAUGGGCUGAGGUGA